UAAUAAAUAAUUACAUAAGUGACUUUCCAAACACAACCAUUAUAGAAAAAAUUGAAAAACCCUGUGAAGACUGAACCCACAACUCCUCGUUUCCUCUUCUUCUCCGUUACCGCCGUUGGGGCUUCCCCUAUGUAUAUUUUAUUUCUUUUCCUCCACCGGUAACUUCUUUGUCAGAACUCGUCGACGAUCGCCGCUGCUGCCGUGUUAAGAAACUGCUCUUGGGCUGUACUAUAGCUCAAGGAAAAUGGAUCAAAAUGGUUCUGGUGGUGAUGCUGAUAAUUUUGACUGGGAUACCGAAGAUGAGCUGGAAAUUGAUAAUUAUGCAAUCGCCUCUCGCUCAGGAGUGUCACUUACCAAUGGGGAAGCUGUUUUAGGCACAGCAGAGGUGAGCUCGUCUGCAGAUUCUCCUAAUUCCAAGUUAAUUGACCAUUUUGUUGGGAUGGGGUUCUCCCAGGAACUUGUUACGAAAGCAAUUGAGGAAAAUGGAGAGGAGAAUUCAAAUUUGAUACUUGAAGCUCUUCUUCAGUACUCUGCAAGCUCGUUGGCUAGUUCUUCCAAUUCCAAGUUGAUUGAUCAUUUUGUUGGGAUGGGAUUCUCUGAAGAAAUGGUUCUCAAAGCGGUUCAAGAAAAUGGAGAGGGGAAUACAGAUACCAUAUUGGAGACUCUAUUGACAUAUUCGGCUCUUGAAAAGUCUGCUCCUGUGCAACAACAUGCUGAUUCUGAUGACUUCUCGUCAGAUUAUGAAGGGAAUUUUUUGGAUGAUUUCACAGAUAUUGAUAGUUCUUCUGAUACCGAGGAAAUAAUUAAUCCUGGUUCUGACGAGGAGAGUAAAUUGUUGUACUUGACAAAAAUGGGGUACUCAGAGGCUGAGGCUUCAGUAGCCAUGGAGAGAUGUGGUCCAGACUCAUCAAUUGCAGAGCUGACAGACUUUAUAUGUGCUGCUCAAAUGGCUAAGGCUGCUGAUGCACUUUUCCCUGUUGAAGACAGGAAGCCAUUCUGCAACGGCUCUAAUUACAAUAAAAGGCGAAACUUGGGCUAUGAUUUGUGGAAAAGGAAGAAGCAGAUGAAGCUUGAAAAGAAGCUUCUUAAUGAAGUUGAUGAUGCCCUUCAUCUUCCUAAUCCUAUGAUUGGUUUUGGGGUCCCAACUGAACCAGAUCUGAUAACUCAAAGAACACUUCCAGAAGCUGCUGUUGGGCCUCCUUAUUUCUACUAUGAGAAUGUGGCACUUGCUCCAAAAGGCGUUUGGAGCACCAUUUCACGGUUCUUAUAUGAUGUGGAACCAGAGUUUGUUGAUUCCAAGUUUUUUUGUGCUGCUGCUCGGAAAAGGGGCUAUAUUCAUAAUCUGCCAAUUGAGAACAGAUUUCCCCUUCUUCCAUUUCCUCCACGCACCAUACAUGAAGCUUUUCCGUUGACAAGGAAAUGGUGGCCUUCCUGGGACCCAAGAACAAAAUUGAACUGCAUACAAACAUGUACAGCGAGUGCGAGAUUGACAGAAAGGAUCCGCAAGGCUCUUGAAGCUUAUGAUGGUGAGCCACCUUUGAAUGUCCAGAAAUACGUUCUUGAUGAGUGCAGAAAGUGGAAUCUAGUAUGGGUUGGAAGGAAUAAGGUUGCUCCACUUGAAGCUGAUGAGGUGGAAAUGCUUCUGGGUUUCCCUAAAAACCAUACACGAGGAGGAGGAAUGAGUCGGACAGAUAGGUAUAAAUCACUUGGCAAUUCAUUCCAGGUCGACACAGUGGCUUAUCAUCUUUCAGUUUUAAAAGACAUGUUCCCUGGUGGUAUCAAUCUUCUCUCUCUUUUCUCUGGGAUUGGUGGUGCCGAGGUUGCCCUCCACCGGCUUGGAAUACCCCUGAAGAAUGUUGUAUCAGUUGAAAUAUCGGAGGUGAAUAGAAACAUAGUAAGGGGUUGGUGGGAGCAAACGAAUCAGCGGGGGACUUUGAUCGAUAUAGCAGAUGUGCAAGAACUGAAUGGUGAUCGAUUGGAGCAAUUGAUGAGUAGAUUUGGUGGAUUUGACCUUGUUGUGGGUGGCAGCCCAUGUAACAACCUUGCGGGUAGCAACAGACAUCAUCGAGAUGGACUCGAGGGUAAAGAAUCUUCUCUCUUCUUCGAUUAUUGUCGUAUAUUAGAUUUGGUUAGAUGCAUGCAAAGGAACCAAUGAUUUGAUGUAAAGGGGGCUUAUUUGUGGAUUCUUGCUUCAAACUGUAUUUAUCUUGCAUCUUCAUUAUUGCCUGAGCAUAACAUUGAAAUAAUGACUGACAUUCUUUGCAACUUAUGACAACUUCAAAUUCUUAGGGAAAUGAAAAUUGAUGGAAAAGUUGUUGGUUACUGUUUUCCCUAAGUUUGUUUGUCACUGGGAAUUUUUCCAUUUUGCUUGAGUAUUAAACUUAUAUUAUCCGGGUUUAGGAGUGAGUGAUGUACAUGGGAUAUUUUAAAAUAACAAUGUACAGAUUGGAUGAUGAAAUUGAUAAUGAUAUGGAUGAA